AUGGGUAGUAACCACGUUCCCCUGGCUACAGAUGAGGAGAAGGCGAAGCAAGUCGAGGAGGCUGAAGUCGAGCCGGAUAGGUUUGUUCUUUGAGAUUUUUCUGUAGAAAGCUGCAAAAUUUCGAACUUGGGUAUGUUAGAAUUCACUAAGUAUAAGAGACCGUUUUCACUUUGAAAUAAGACCAUUUGGCUUGUCUGUACCUCUCAUCUCGUUGCGUGGGUUAGAACAAGAGAGCGUUUUUCAUUGCAGGUUCUGGUCAGUCAGAUUAUUUGUAAAAUUUAUCUCAUUAGGUUGAGACUCAAAAAAAGGAAGAUUAUUAUCAAUCUAUUGGAAAAGAUCAAGGGUUUCCUCUAGAGACUAUAACUACACUGUACACGGCUUUAGUUUACGAAGUUUUCCUUUAACCUGUAGUUCACCUAAGUUGACAAAAUCUACCUAAACCUUUACCUGUGUGCUCCUGCAAAGAUUUUAGCUCCUAGCUGAAGUUUUUGUUUUACUUCAAUGAUUUUCAUCUUAUUUUUCACUUUUCUUGAUUGUAAUCUUUGCCCUAUCAUAACUGAAAUACGAUGAAGUUAACUUCAAACACGAAUACAGGUCAAUCAGAACGUUAAAUUCAGUGUCCCCCACACGUGGCUGAUCCGGUUUUUGUCGGCCAGAAAAUAAUCCUAAUUGAAUUUUGGCAAUCCAAUUAGCCGAAUCUACUGAAAAUCGAGUACCUUUCUUUUUUCCUUACAGAGGACAAUGGUCGGGAAAGUUCGACUUUUUGAUGAGUAUGAUUGCGUACGCCGUCGGUUUAGGUUUGGUUUGAGGGAGAAAAGGAGGAAAAAAGCGAGGUUUUCAGGAAACGUGUGGCGGUUCCCCUACCUCUGCUACAGGUCUAGUUUCAGUUGAUUAACUCGCUUUUUUAAUUGGAAAAAAGUUUUGUCCGUGAAUUCGACGAAAACAAGUUCCCUGUUCAAGUUUGAAGAUACUAGGGUCAAAAAUAGUCAAUUUCAAAAAAAAUUCUGAGAAGCGAAUAAGCGGAAAUAAUUGGAAAGGCAAGUUUUUGAUGGAAAUUUCUCACGCACUUUUGGAACGAUCCUGUCCCUUCAAGUGAGCACUUAGAGGCGCUAUGUGCACUUGAGGGGUCGGAAUUGUUCUCAAGAAACCUAUAUUACGAAAAAAAAAUAAAAAUUUAAAUUAGUACUGUAAUUUUUAGAAAUGGCGGCGGAUCUUUUCUCGUCGUAUAUUCAGUGUUUUUCUUCUGUGCUGCGAUUCCGAUUUUCCUGAUGGAAGUGACAAUCGGCCAGUACCUCCAACGAGGAGCUAUGGAAAUGUGGCGGAUGUGUCCGCUUUUUAAAGGUUUUUGAAUGAGAAUAUUUUCAGAGACAAAGUUAAAAGCUCUAAGCCAACUUUGGUGAUAGAAUGGUUUAGAAAAAUUCAAAAAACUUCAAAAAAAUUUUUUUAAGAAAAAGCUCAUAUUUUAAAGGAGUUUUGUCGAUUGCAAAAAGGCUCUGUAAUUUUGAAAAAGCUCAGGCAGAAGAAUUAUAAAACCCGUAAGAGUACACUCAAUAAGUUCCUUAAAAUGUUGCUUCGAGCAUUGUGGGGCCAAUUCUUGGCUGGUUUGGUACGAAGAAGCACGUGGCAAUUUCUAUGCCUCUACGAACGUUACGUUACUUUUUCAAAUUCUGUAAAAACUUUAUCUUUAAUCAUCGAAGUAUUGGCAGCCCAGGCCAUCUUCAGUUUCCUGGAUUAAGCUAGUUUGGGGAAAAUGAAAAAGGCUCUUACAGGAGUUGGUAUCGGAAACGUGGUGAUCGCGUUCAUGUGCAUCGCCUACUUCUGUGUGAUCGUCAGCUGGGCCGUCUUCUACAUGAUCGCCUCGUUCAACAGCGUCUUCCCAUGGGAAACUUGCACCAACUAUUGGUUUGUCAAAAUAGUCAGAAGAAUUACAGAAGGACUACUUUUAUCAUCUCCUUCUAGAUGAUUUUGAACCCUCGCAAAGUUGUCCAACUUCUUCAUUAAGCUUUUCUGAACCUUAUGCGAUAGGAACAUGUUGGAAAUCCUUCCUUACAAGGAAUAUCAUUUUAUUUUGUGAUUGGGAAGUCCUUGUGAAAAUUGGCCGGAACACUACCAGGGGAAGGGCGCUUCAAAUUCAAUGAAAAAUCUCGAAAUCCGUUAGAAAAAGCUAUUUUCGGGCUUUGAGAUCUUCCUGGUUCGCGGUCGAAAUAAUAGGACCUAUUGAAGUCAAGAAAUCGCAAACCGCUUUUUUUUACUGGUUUUCUCACGAUUCUAAUAAGGGCGAUUUUAUUGUAUUCGUCAUCAACCGGUGUAAGGAACUUUUUUACACAUUAUAAAAACAAAAUAAUCCAUCUAUAUACCUUUUUUGACUCUUGAGAAUCUUCUCAUUGAUCAGGAACGAUCCAAGCUGUUUGACGGGCAAGGAGAACGUGACGGAAUUGGCGCGGAUCAAAGCCCUCGCCGCUGCCGUCGGCUCCAAGACUCAGACUUCUGUUGAGCAGUUCUGGGAGUUGGUUUUGUGAGCGUUUUUGAAAAAAAUUCAGUAGACUUCAGUUAGGAAUCAAAAAGCAAUUUUUGAAAACUCUCUGCCAGUUCUGCAGGUUAGGACUACAUAAAUGAAUCAAAUAGGCGCUUUUGGCAGGUUUCAGAAAAAAUAGUCAUUUUCUCAAUACUCUAGCUUGAGAACUUUCCAUUCCAGACGACGCGUCUUGCACCAGACCGACUCGAUUAGCGACUUUGGCGGAAUUCAAUGGGAACUGUUCUUCAUCAUGGCCGGAGCCUGGCUCGUCAUCUAUUUCGCUCUCUGGAAGGGAAUCACUCAAGCGCGGAAGGUUCGGCCCAAAAAAGCAGCGAAUUCAUGGCUUACCUUCAGUUUGUCUACUUUUGCGCUUUGUUCCCGUACGUGCUCAUCGUGAUCCUGUUGAUCCGCGGUCUGACCUUGGAAGGCGCCUCGACUGGAAUCUAUUUCUACCUGAAGCCGAAUCUGACGAGAAUCGCCGACACGGCCGUCUGGAAGGAUGCUGGAACUCAGGUAAGAUCUUUCCUACUUUGGAAGUCCGUGGUCGCAAUGGGAAUGGCUCGAAGCUGUUGCCUGACUCACUGGAAGUAUAGCUGAUUUACGGCUACCUUGAGUCAACGAAAAAUGGGUCCUGACACGAUAAGAUAAGAGACAGUGCCUGGUUGGUGGAGAGCGCAGACAGACCACGUCUCUCUUCGUCCCAAGCUAGCCGUGAACCGGCUAGAAUAGGCUGUAGACAAUACUUCGACUACAACCCGGAUCCAGAUACUUGUAGCCAUUCCAAGUGCGGCCAAAGAAGUGCAUACCUACUGGAUGGAAAAUGAUAGAGUGAUAAAAUCAAAAAUAAUAAUGAAAAGUUAUUAACCUGGCAUUCGAUAAUAUUUGAAAUAAGUUUUCUCUAGGAUUUUACAAAAUAUGCGUCUUUUGAGGUCUUCUACUCGUACGGCGUCGGUUUUGGAGCACUCAUCGCUCUUGGCUCACACAACAAGUUCAACCACAACUGUUUCAGGUGAAUGAACUAAGGCUAAAAAUAAGAAUUAUGAGAAACUUCCAAUUUUCUGCUUUUCCUCAACUUCAACUUUGAUGUUCUGUAGAGAUGCGAUUAUGAUGUGCUUCAUCAACGGUUCGACGUCGAUUCUGGCCGGUUUCGCCGUUUUCUCGAUCCUCGGCUACAUGUCUGUCAUUGCGCAGAAGGACAUUGCCGAAAUCGUCAAACCAGGUGAGAACUAAAGAACAAAACUGAGAACUCUUCUGAAUUCUCAGGUGUUGGACUGGCCUUCCUUGUGUAUCCUGAAGUCGCGUCAAAUCUCCCGAUGAAACAACUUUUUGCUUUCCUUUUCUUCCUCAUGAUCACCAUUCUGGGAUUGGACAGUCAAGUAUCCAUCGAAAUGAAAAAAUUUCUUUUAUAUAAGCAAUUUCCAGGUCUGCAUGAUGGAGGGUCUUUUCACCGCCCUCGAAGACGCUUUCCCGAUCCUUCGACGGCACAAGAAGCUGGCAUUAGGCUUGACCUGUCUGUUCUUCUUCUGCUUGGGAAUCCCAAUGGUGUCCUAUGUGAGUUUUAGAAAACCACAGCUCCAAGAAGAAUAAUGGAAUUGAAGGCUGGUGCUCACUGGCUGACGUUGGUCGACGCCUACGGAGCUUCUGGCUAUGCUCUCCUUUUCGUCGUCUUCUUUGAAGUCAUCGGAUUGGCUUAUGGAUUUGGUAGGGCAUUAUCAAUUUCUAAUGAUAGUUCUUGAACAUUUCUAGGAGCUGAAAGGAUUCGCGCCGCAUUGGCCGAAAUGGUCGGCGUCCGGGUUUGGAACGUCUGGGUCUUCCUCUGGAAAUACGUUUCGCCAGCGACGAGUUUGGUAAGUUUGAGAAGAAGUAGUACAGUCAGUAUGCCGCUUUAUAAAAGAAUACAUGACCGAAGUCCGGUCAGAGAGAGAGAGGUUGACAUUAAGAUAUUUCCUAGAACGGAGAGGUGUCCUGAAAUUUGGAUUGCCCAUUUAUGGUUUUGGAGAAAAAAGAUAAAAGUAAGCGAGAAGAGAGUUUGAAAUCCUGCGAGAAGCGUUCAAGUCGGGAGAAAUUGACUAUAUUCUAUAGGAGAACUCUGGAAAUUAUUUUAAAACUGUUGAAAAGACGAAAAUGGUUUUGAAUUUUUUUGGAGGAGAAUCAGUCCAAUUUUUUGUCUGAAAAACUCUGGUCUCAGAAAUUGUGACGGACGUCUGUGGAAAAGUUAGAGACGCAAAACUCAAUUCAGAAUGUUUUUUUUUUUCUUUUUCAAGAGGUCCUUCUAGCAAAAAGGUUUUCAUAACUGAAAGGAAUACUUCCAUUUAUCGAAUUUUUUGAAGAUAUUGUUCGUGUUCUGCGUGAUGUACUACCAUCCGAUCCAGUACCCUACCGGCGAGAAUUAUCCGCCAUGGGCGAAUUUUGUCGGGUUUCUGCUUUCUUCGUGUUCGAUGAUCGUCAUCCCGGGCUACGCUCUCUACUACAUGUUCUUCACCAACAAACAUCUUUCUUUCAGAGAGGUGAGAUUUUUCUCCCACACUUUCCAGUGUCUAACUGUUUAUUUCAGACAUUUUAAAUCAGAGCAGAAAUAAAUUCAUUUAGCCAAAAUGUUGAAAAAAUGAAGCCUCUGGAUUUUUUGCGUGGUGUUUUGAUAAAGUGUGAAAUUGGAAAAACCUUUAAAGUUGGUAAUGGACCGGUGAUAAAUCUGGAAAAUGAGGUCUUGGAACGAUGAGUUUUUGUAACAUUUUUGUCUGCGCCCUCUUUUCGUCCUCCGGCUCAUGGAAAAAAGAAAAAGCGCGGAAACCCGAAGAAAGGAUUGCUUUUGAGGAGCUUCACCGAGGGAAAGGAGAGAAAUCAGACAGUUGCCCCGAAUAGGAAAACACUGGUCAUGAAUGGACUAACAUCGGAAAUUUGCAGAGACUGCGCAAAGGACUGAACAUGGACGGAAAGUUCGAGUCUCCGGCCAGGCCGACGGUCAACGGCGAAGAGCUCAAAUUCAUCGAAGAGAAAAACUAG